UGCUAUAGGCACUGACGACGACCGUGACGAUGACGAUAUUGAUCAAGUAGUACACAUGAUCCAAGUGAAACAGCAAGAAUUAACGCGCAUGCGCAUUCAGUUACCCGCAAAACGGGCAUCACUCAAUAAGCUAGUGACGCGGUUCGUAAAGAUUACUUUAGAGGUGCUGGACACGGUGUGGUCGAUCAUCCGAGAAUUCAAGUGUGAUUAUGAGCAGACAAGGAAUGCAUCGUUUGAUGCGUAUUACUGUGCCUUGACUGACACCCUCUUAUUACGUAUCAAAAUUUUACAUGUAUCUACGUUACUAGCAACCUAUGACACAGAACUUGUAGCCGCACUGCAAUCAUUACGGACAAUCCUAGAGAAUCGGUACUUGGAUGCACGGACCCAACUUUCAUUUGCCGAGAAAAAGUUGAAAGCGUAUCAAGAGAUGGGGCCCGAAUUCGAGACGUUGGCAGAUGCAUACUUCAAGUUGUUAGAAGAAAUCAAGGCUACUGAAGAUGACAUUCACCGAAUAAAAAACAAUUGAAAGAAAUAGUUUGUGUAUGUGUGUGUGUGUGUGUGUGUGUGUGUACAGAAAGAAUAGAAAAAAAAAAUAUAUUGUACAGUUAAUUGUUUUUUCUUGGUUUUUGUUGUUGUCAUUGUCGUUUGCAAGCGGGGAAUAAUAAGGAGGAAGCAAAGGGGAGGGUUGGGGACACAUGUAUAUUCGGUGUGUAUAAAGUAUAUAGUUAUAGUCAAGAACUAGUAGUAGUAGUAGUAGUAGUGGUAAGCAACAUCAUUUUGAUAGGGUGGCGUAUAUGGAUGGUUAAGGGUAAAAAUAUGUGCC